AUGAUUGCUCUGCUCAUUCUAACUUGUGCGCCGGCAAGUGGAGCACAUCUAAAUCCAACCAUUACACUUACAACAUUAUUAUGUGGUUAUACACCUCUUAGUAAAAGCUUAGUAUAUUUCAUUGCUCAGUUUGCAGGUGGAAUUGUAGGUGCAGGAUUACUUAGAGGAAUAGUUCCACCUAUCAUUGAGAAUAGGACACAUUUGGCAGCAUGUGAUUUCGCAUACGAUAUAACAAUAGGAAGAGCAUUGUGUGCAGAGUUUAUCCUUUCGUUUGUCAAUAUAUUUGUUACGUUUUUCACAGCAUUGGAUCCACGUCAAUAUCCCGUAAUUGGUCCAGUGGUAUCGGCAUUCCUCAUCAGUGGUACAGUAGGAUUGACUCAGAUUCUUGCUGGUGGAUAUGCUUAUACAUAUAGCGGGCCUGGUUAUAACAUGAGUAGAUGUCUUGGACCAGCGGUAAUUAGUGGAUAUUGGCAUCGUCUAUGGGUAUUCUUUGUAGCGCAGAUAUUAGCAUCAAUUUUUGUAGCAGUUAUAUUACUUUUCAAUCCACCCUUUAAAACGAUAUCAAAUAAAGGCGAGAGUGAGGAACUUGAUGAUGUUUGGGAAUCUGGACCGUAUGGUACAAAGAUUCAUAUACAUAAAAAGAAUCAUAUUGACCAAACUGAAUAUGUUUGA